GCGGGCAGGGCUGAGUCUGUCAUUGGGACUCACUAAUGAGCUCUCCACUCUGCCUCCCCAUGUGGAGGAAUGUUUGCACUGGAGAGUGAGCGAGCAAAAGGGGGGGAGAGAGGGAGUCGGGGAAGGAGAACGGCACUGAGGAGCCAAGGAAUGAAGUGUGAGAGGAGCUGUUGUACCUGCUGCUCUCACUGCUGUAGCAGCGUAUUCAGGGACUGAUGCUGCUAUCCCAGGACAAACCCAUACAGUGGGGGCAGCUGUCUUUAGUGGAUAAGGCACACAUAAGCUGCUCCUGGAGGAACGGUUGUCUGUAGAGGUGUGAUGGAAGAGGAGGUCACUGAACCUGAUCCUCAAACUGGGGAGCCCACCAGCAUGCCAGCACUGGAGAUGCAGUCGGAGGUAAAUGGGGACUUGCCGGGUCAACCAUACCUGAGGGACGGGCCAGUGGAAGUGACGGACAGUCCGGCGAGGGAGCCUGUUGUGUUGCAGUAUCCUGCCGAGUACAAUAACAGCCAUCUGUAUGGGGAGAAGAUGCCGUUUCAUCAUGUGACGGCAGGCCUGCUGUAUAAGGGGAACUACCUGAGUCGUUCACUGUCGGAUACUGACAGCGACGUCUUAGCCAGCAUCUCUGUGGAGGAACUCGAUGAGAUCCGAGAGGCGUUUAAGGUGCUGGAUCGUGAUGGUAAUGGAUUCAUUUCCAAGCAGGAGCUGGGUAUGGCUAUGCGCUCUCUGGGGUACAUGCCCAGUGAGGUGGAGCUCGCCAUCAUCAUGCAGAGACUUGAUAUGGAUGGUGAUGGACAAGUAGAUUUCAAAGAAUUCAUGACAAUCCUUGGACCCAAACUCCUCUCAUCUGAAACAAGAGAAGGCUUCCUGGGGAACACAAUCGACACCAUCUUCUGGCAGUUUGACAUGCAGAGGAUCACCCUGGAGGAACUGAAACACAUCCUGUUUUAUGCCUUCCGUGAACAUCUCACCAUGAAGGACAUUGAGAACAUCAUCAUCAAUGAGGAAGAGAGCCUGAAGGAAAAUUCUGGGAACUGUCAGACUGAGUUUGAAGGAGUUCACCCUUCGAAGAAGAACCGGCAGACGUGUGUGAGGAAGAGCCUCAUCUGCGCCUUUGCUAUGGCCUUCAUCAUCAGCGUCAUGCUCAUCGCAGCCAAUCAGAUGCUGCGGAAUGGCAUGGAGUAGCCGCGCCCACUGCGAGCGGGAACAAACCAGCCUUCAUGUGCAUGCCAGUGGGUGAAAUCAGAGCUGACGUGGAAUACCCCAAAACAAGCCUCCCCUCAACAAAAUGUCUUUCAAAAUGAUCCCAGUGAUGGUGAGUGAGUGACGUUGUGACACCAAACAUCCAGUACAGUUGUGAAGCCAGCAUGAGGAGUCGUGCAGGGCUCCUCCCUCUUUUCUCUGACAGGGACUUUCAAGGGCUGACAUUACGCAUAAUAUUCUGUUGUCUCCGUUUCCCCCCAAUGCAAUAAAAAAGAGCAGUGCAGGAGCUCAGUGCUGCUCACUCUCCAGCAGGCGAGACGUGGUGAGGUUGCAGAUCUGUCAACCACCGGUACUCCGUUAUAAUGCCGUCUGGAAAUGGGAGGAACAGUUGCUGUCUUAUUAGGUUUCCUGGAACUACGAUGGCUGGGCUCCCUAACACUUGAGCAGAAGGCCCAGAUGCGUCAGCGCUUUGAGUCCGUGUGGGGCCACCAUACUUUUAACUGCUGCAGCGUCUGUGGGCCGGUACGAUGUGUUCACAGUCCUCCAACUCAGCCUGAUGGAACAAACAGGCUCCGACACUGAGGUCGAAUUUGGAUCAAGUCAAGGACACUGAUCUCUGUGUGGUGAAAUGAAAUACGUCUCACUGUGUUAUUUAUCAUAGAUCUGUGGUGUGAUUUAACGUCAUUUGUAGACUCACUUUCCUCAAUCUGCUUCAUCUUGAAUCCAUCCCGUGCAUUCAGCUGUGGGUUUUGUUUUUUUGCGUGGCAGGAAAAAA